GUACGAUUAUUUCGUCUUACAAGAUACCUACAACGGUGCUGUUAAAUAAAGACCGAGAAUUCGUGGCCUUUGGAUUCGAUGCAGAGGAGCAGUAUGCAAAACUAGCUGACGAAAAUGAACAUGUUGAUUAUUACUAUUUCCAAAAAUUUAAAAAGUUGCUUUAUGAGAAGAUCAGAACAACGAAGAGGCUUAGGUUAAAUGAAACAAUUCAAGACAUCCGAGGUAAAGAACUACCUGCCAUAGAAGUCUUCUCUCAUGCCAUUAUGUUCAUGAAAAAUCACCUUGUGAAAAACCUCGAACAAACAGAAACAUUUAUCGUAGAAGAAGAAAUUUUCUGGGUCUUGACAGUUCCCGCACUUUGGGAUGAUCCUGCAAAACACUUCUUGAGAACAGCAGCGGAAAUGGCCGCAUUAGACGUUUCCAAAUUUGCUAUUGUUCUGGAACCGGAGGCAGCCUCAAUUUGGUGUUUACGUUUACCAGUGGAAAAUCUUCAUGGCUCUGAAAGAAAGAUCAACACUUUUCAAGAAGGAAGCAAAUAUCUUAUUCUUGAUGCUGGAGGUGAAGCAACUAAAAUAACUGUACACGAAGUUAAGGCUGAAGGAAAACUAAAAGUAUUAGAGAGAGCGAGCGGGGGAGACUUCGGUGGAAUAAGCGUCGACAAAGCCUUCAAGAAAAUGCUCUGCGACAUUCUAGGAGGAGAGAGGGCAUUAGAAGGAUAUAUUCAUCGUCACACAGUAGACUACUUGGAGUUGCUCUUCGAAUUCAAAAUCAAGAAACUAAAGAGAACUGACACUAAAGAUAGAAAAAUAACCCUGAAAAUUCCCAUAAGUUUUAUGGAAACUUUUUCUGAUAUUCAAUCCUUAACAAGUCGGUCCGUCUACAAACAAGUUAUAAAAUGGGAGCCUGAUAAACUGAGAAUUGAUUCCCAAACCUUUGAAAGUUUCUUUAAACCGGCAUGUAAUGGAAUAAUUGAGCAUGUCAACGAACUGCUUCGAUUACCAAAUGUCAGAGGAAUUCAAUUUAUUCUAAUGGUCGGUGGCUUCUCCGAGUCUCCUGUUUUACAGGAUGUCAUGAAAAAGGCAUUUCCAACCUUGGAAAUUAUCGCACCACAAGACGCAGGUCUUGUUGUAUUAAAAGGCGCUGUAUUGUUUGGUCAGAAUCCAUCAGUCAUAGAAUCGAGAAUUGACCAGUGGAGUACUACAUUUGAUCCUUCAAAGCAUGACAAAUCAAGAAAAUUUGAAAAAGAAAAACCCUUAAGACACGAAGAUUUAUUCAGUAAAUACAUAAAAGCUGGAGAAAUCCACUUAAUGAAUGUGCCACAAGAGGAACAAAUCAAUGCUCCAAUGAGUGCAAACAAGAAGGCCAUUGACGUUCCAUUGCACGAAUCAAAAACGGUUAAUCGAACUUACAUUGAUGACCCCAGUUGCCUUGAAUUUCCAAUUCGUGAAAAAAUUGGCUGUAUAAAUCAUGAUUUUGAGGCUACCCUGGAGAACAGACCUGAUGAAGUUAAAGCUCUUCUUGGACGAUUUAAAGAAAGCUACUCUUUCAUAAAAAUUAAAAGAUUGUAUUUUGGAAUCGACAAGAAAAAAAUCCAGAAUGUCAUCGCUGUAGUCAUUGACUGUGACCUCAUAAGUGUAGAUGAUAACUUUGAGGGAUACCCUGUGGAUUGCAGAAGAUGGAAAGAUCGACCAUAUGAAAGUACACAUGCACUAUACUGUCGACAGGCGGUGACCAAUCCUCUUAGAGAUGAACAGAUAAUUUCAAAUAUUGAGCUUGCGAUAGAAAAGCACAGUAGAAGGCUAAUGUGUGAGCAUUCAAAUUUAGAAAUAAUCAGUGCUUCACCCGUGCAAUCAAAGAAAAUGGGCGAUGAAAUAAUUGUUAAAGAAUGCAUUGUUCUGUAUUGUUCACACAAAGGAGUAAUCCCCUUUGGAGAAGAUGUAUUUCCAAGCACGUUAGAUGGAAUAACAGUUGAUAUCCGAGAAGGGCUUACAAAAACUGGCACUCUUGGUGGAUUUGUGGACAUUGGUAAUGAAGAAAUAGGUUUCAUCACAUGUGCACAUGUUCUUCAUUCUUCGCUUCCAUUGAACAAUCAUCAAAUGAAAGAGAAAUUUUCUGUUGUUCAACCUGGAUUUGGCAUUGCAUUGGAAAAUAACAAAUGUGGUGUUCAUAUCCAAUCUGUAUGUCCGACACAGACUCAACCUGACAUUGCAACAGUAGAUGUUGCCCUUGUGAAAAUAUCCAGAGAACGUCAACCAGAAAGAGGAUUAUUCGCGGGUCUUUCAGUUGAAGACAUAGAAAGUAAAGGAUUUAGUAAAGAUCAUCCACUGGAAUAUAGAAGUGGGGAGAUAAGAGACUUGAGGAGACAAUUAUCGGGAGAACACAGAUUUAAAACCUGUGUUAAAGUUGGAUCCUCAUCUGGUUUAACAAAAGGAGUGCUACAUUUGAAAUCCACUAGUGUUAGACUUGAGUCACAUACACUCACAGAACAAUCCUUGAAUUUUGUUAUUCACAAGCAACUCGAAAUCUGUGCACAAGCGGAUCAUUUUUUUGCAACGAAUGGCGAUUCCGGUGCUCUUGUUUUCCAAGUUGAGCCUGGCAGUUCACCGACAGAUGAUAAGUUGGUUUGCAUUGGGAUGAUAAUAGGUGUAAACAGCUAUGGAUAUUGUUUAGUUACUCCAAUAAAUGACGUUCUUGAACACUUGCCAAUUCCAAACAAAAACAAGCUUUAUACCUUUAGAGAAGAGACCAUGGACCAGUAAUGUAGCAAAUACCCCCGGUACAUUAAAUAUGACAUUUGUGCGCUGAAAUGCUUUGUAACUUUCUAGGACAACAAGCAUAGGACAAAUACUAUCAAAACAACCGACAGAAUUAUUUGGAUCUCUUCCUUAAGUUUGAAACUCAAAAACUAAGUUAUGCGGAGAGAGAUUAUGAUUUAGUGAUAACAAUUAUUUGAAAGACAUUUCUACAUCAGUGCAAUUUAAAACACAAGAUUCAAAGUAACAGUUGUUCUCGGUGGAAAAUGAAAAGGUUCUCGCUUCCAUCUUCUUGGUUCACCACUGAUCCAAAGUUCAAUGAAAUACAAAUCAACACACAUUUUAUCAUGAUUUAGCAGUGAAUCAAUCAAGAAUACCUGAAAAGCUUUACUCAUAUAAAAUGUCAUGUAAAAUGUGAUAUCACUUUGGAGAUGAUGCAUGUUUAUAUUUUUAUAUAUUUCAAAUUAUUGAUUAUCUGACAUAAAGAGAUUGUUUAUGUUUAUAUUCUAACAAAUUUUAUGCUAUUAUUUAUCGUACAGAGAUAGUCUAUCGAUAUAUUUUAACAUAU